AUGCGGGCUCUGAAGAUCAUUUCGUGGCAAAUCGCAAACGCAGACCCCGCAUACCGCAAAGACUUGAGCUCUGUCGACAUGACAAGCACCAGUGACCUGGAGAUCCUCUGGAACCGUUUGUUUGUGAAGUCAUACGCGACCGACUCGUGCUUCUUCAUGUUGUUAGAUGGGCUUGAACAAUUAGAUAAGGGGGAGGUGGGGCAAUUGCUUGCCCUUCUGGUCAAGUUGCACACUACUUCCACAAACUGGGGCAAGUUCCAGCUCCAUAUCCUCCUGAUGGGUCAGGAUGAGACUAUGAUCAUUGGUUUGAAAACCAAGAGCGCCCAAGACAUGAAGAAAUUCAUCGAAAGUCGGGUGGACCGGCUGGAUAUUUUCGGUGGUUCGUCGGAACAAGUCGUCUCAAUACGCCGCGAGACCUUGGAAACCUUGAUGCGAGAGGAUCAAGGAGACUUCGUCAGCACUGGCUUGCCACUUACUCUCGGGGAGCUUGAAAGCGUUUUAUCUCUCAAGGGCCGUGAACAAUCGCUGAGGCCACUAUCGAAUGUGAUUAUUGACCACAAGGAGUUCGACCUCAAGUCCCGUGUACUGUUGGUGUCGGACUCAGUGAGACACUUCCUGGAUACACCAGUAAAAGAUGGCACGGGCAUGGAAUCCAAGGUUUGGGAUGAGGUUGAGGCAGUCAACGAAAGCGGGUCCGUCUGCGAUGCUAGCCUCUUCCAGAGAUUCGGGUUUGAAGACUUUUUUGUGGCAAAGCUAAGCAGAAGCUCUCUCAAGGUCCGUGUUGAUGUUGAGAGUGCGCACUGCAAAAUCCUCAAGGCUUGCUUGGAGGCUAUCUGUUCGCCCGACAAGCCCGAAAUGGACUUCCUGCUGGAUUAUGCAAUGUCUAUAGGGCCUUAUCUGGUGGCACUUUUCGAUGAUGUGGAGAUUAUCGAGCGACGGUGGUCGACUGGCUAUACGUCUGUGAGCAAAUUACGGCAGGUCUGGUUCUACAAGGAUACACUAGUCCAUACCUCGAGGCCGAUCUCGGGGGCUGUGGGGCCCACUGGACUCAUGCGGAUGACCUCUAUGUGUGCAAAACUUGCCCAGGUUUGCAUUACGACAAAGCCUGCGCGGACGAACUGCGGGCGGGGACGCUCGCAGUGGAGAUCCGCAGCCAUGAUCAAGAGUUACUGCAUGUUCCGCCCUAUGAUCCCAUCGCCCAAGCGAGGAUCGGCGAAGGCAAUGUCCGCGUGGGCGGGGAAGUCCUCAGUGUCAAGGCAUGGCUUGAGCGGAUUAGACAGGAAUGGGGGCUAG